AGGACGCCCGCUCAUCGUCUGUGCUAUCUCCCUGGUGGUUGAUGUUCCCUGUCUGUUAGCGGUGUUUCUGCUCUCUUCCUGCUCGCCCUCUCCCUCCCCCUCUAGCGUUGCUUCGCGAGACCGACUUCGGCGAUCUAAGAUUUUGCGUGCCCCGCCAAUGAUAGAAUAUACAAAGUAGUAUCUGGUCCUGACAGCCCUCAGCCUCACGCUCGAGCAGCUCGCCAGUUCACGUCCAUUCCCGGGACGACGUUGCAGUGAGAGCGAAUCCCUAGUCGAAUAUCCUCAGACUUGCCUUCCAAUCCUUCAUCGCUCGUCCAACCUGAACGUUUGCCAUAAUCUUUGCCCCCGGACUUCGAUUGGCAGAUUUGAUUUCAAUACACUCGUUCCGGAGCUUUAGCCUAAUAACAAUCUGCCAAUGGCCGCCAAAAUCGUUCCUACGGACUCCUUGAGCCCCGAUGAGAUGGAAUCUCACUAUUUCAAGACGAAUCCCCCGCCCAUCCACCUCCAGACCCAUAUUACAAUCGCGCGAGCGUUCAUAAAUAGGCAUGUGGAGGCCGGUCGGCGAGUGGUGCUGGUGACGUCUGGCGGCACCACGGUGCCUCUUGAGGCACAGACGGUCAGGUUCAUCGACAAUUUCUCUGCCGGAACUCGUGGCGCUACAUCGGCCGAAUACUUCUUGCAGGAGGGCUACGCUGUGAUCUUCUUACAUCGGCAGUUCAGUCUGCUUCCUUAUUCGCGCCAUUACAGUCACUCAACUAAUUGCUUCCUUGAUUUCAUGGACGAAGCCCCCUCGCAGUCGGCAUCCUCGUCGUUCUCUUCAACAAUUGGCGAAAAGGACACCGAACAUGGACCUAUCGUGGUGCGGACUGAGUAUCAGGAUGAUAUGCGUAAGGUCCUGCGACAGUAUCGAUACGCCAAAGAAAACAAUCUUCUUCUGUUAUUGCCAUUCACAACCGUAACCGAAUACCUCUACGAGCUCCGCGCCCUAGCAACCCUUAUGCAACCCCUCGGUGCCAACGCGCUCUUCUACCUCGCGGCCGCCGUGUCCGAUUUCUUCAUUCCCCGCGACCGAAUGGCCGAACACAAAAUCCAAUCUUCCAACGAAGUCCCCAUCCCCGGCCAGGCACCAACCAAACCCGACACAGCCGCCCACACCGUCCCCGAAAGCACCUCCGCCAUCCUCCCAGAUCACAUCUACACCGGCUUCAACGACCCCAACGGACCCCCAAAACAUCAGAAGAAACUCGUCGUUGACCUUGACCCCGUACCCAAGUUCCUCCACCGCCUCGUGAACGGCUGGGCCCCGGCCGGCUCCAUGAUCGUCAGCUUCAAGCUCGAGACCGACCCGGCCCUUCUCGUUCUGAAAUCAGAACAGGCACUCCAGCGCUACUCACACCACCUCGUCAUCGGCAACCUCCUCUCCAAUCGGAAAUGGGAAGUCGUCUUCGUGAGCAGGAAGCCCGACGGCGCCAUUCAGGAGCGCUGGAUCCGGAUCCCUAGGCCGAGAAGAAGUGUGAGUGGUGCGUUGCCGGGAAUGAGCGCUGGACUUCAGGCUGGGUUGUCACCUGCUGCCGCGGCAGCGGCCGCGGCCGCGGCGCACGAGCACGCUCAGAAGGAGGUUGAGAUCGAGAGCGUGAUCAUCCCGGAGUUAAAGAAGAUGCAUACAGUUAUGAUCGAAAGAGCAAAAACCAAGGAGCCGAAAUGGUGUCACGAUGCAUAG